UUCAAGGCCUCAGGUAGAAAGAGAACUUGUUAUCACCACCUCAGCGCAACACGAUUUCAUUACACUCGAUGAUAAUCAGUGGCCAGCAGCAGUAAUUUAUCAGUGCAGAUAGCAGACACAGCAGACAUAACCACAAUGACUGGGAGUACAGCCUGGCGUCUGCUCCUGCUGUCUACCUGUGCCAUCCUGCUUUUGGAGGUGAAGGCCGAAGGUGGUGGGGCAGUCCGUGAUGUCGAGGGCUGUCGAAAGACUUCGUCAUGCACGUGCCAGACGGACGAUGGGAGUGAGGUGGACCUGUCGCCUCUGGCCUUCAACAACGGCACUCCCAGGUACCUUGACAUUGCAGACGACACUGGUCUCUACCUGUACUCGUGGAAUCCGUGCACAGCCUUCAGUGAGGGAGACUGCCAGGGCGUAGCGGUGUGUCAGAAAAUCUCCUCGUCUCAACUGUACUACUCGCUAGGCCAGCAGAGCACUGCUGACUUCCAGAUCACUUCUAGCCGAGGGUUUAUGAUCAAGUACACCGGCGAGGGGACCCCGUACGUUGCCAACAGGACCAGUUACAUACAACUGCACUGCGACCAGGACGUAGAAGGGAUGCUCACUAUGGACGGAGAGAAUCCCAUCGGCGUGUAUUACUUCACCCUCCGCAGUCGCUACGCAUGUCCAAAGGGAGGUCCCAUCACAACCGCCACCCCAUUCACUUUUCCUCCACCACUAACGGGUGCGACAAAGGGCCCUGACAGUUUCGAGAUCGUCAUAGACCUGCUGUUCUGUAUCUUAGUGACGGCCGUUGUGGGGGUGGUGGUGCUGCUAAUGGUGCUGACAGCCUUGCUGGUCCGCAGGAGUCGGAAGACUGGGCGUGGGUCACGUGACAAGGUAGUUGCCGGUCGGUGCCCACUGCUAGUCCACCACGACUUUCCGGAGGCCGAGUACUUCCAGCAGCCCAGAGACGACGAACCUCUACUCAAAGCCUGAAAUAUAAAAAUACAAAUACUCGCCCCUCGACAGGAAUGAGAUUAGUGUUGUUUGUUCUAAAGUGUAUUGCAAAUUCUGUCACAAGAGGAGAAGAAAGAAGCAGAUGAUGAUGAUGAUGAUUGAUGAUUGAUCAUUGAUCAUUGAUGAUGAUUUUCUGUCCAAAGGUGUGUUUCAAGUCAUGUUACAAAAAGAGAAGGCAUGAUGAAGAGGAUGAUGAUUGCAGUUAAUACUGUAGUAGAUGAAAUAAAAAUUUAUAAUCCAUUGUGUAAUUGUUGAUACAUAAUGAACAUGAGACCUGAUUAUGCAAGCCUCUCCGUUAUUGCUCAUGUAAAAUAAAAAUGUGACUGCUUCCCCA